GAAGCUCUUGAUCAGUUGCUUUUCGGCACUCUGAGUGCAUGGGACGUUAUAUAAUUUGUCGUGAUUGUUGCUAAAACUGUGGUGUGAUUAUUUAAUAUUAUUAAGAAAUCCAUAACGCGAACCAAUAACAAAUUAAAAAAGAAAAACAUUUAACUACAGGCAAAGUUGGCUAUGCACUUGCGACGUGUGUCCGCGUUUAUCAGAGCGUGCGUGUAAACUAACUUGCUAAAAAUGAUUUACGAGAGUUCUUACGAUAGCGGUCGUUUGCCGUAUAAACCGGAUUUAGCACGCGGCCAUUGGACCAAAUCCAGCGAUUUCAUAUUCACCGGCAUCAGUUUGGCUUUUCGCUUAGAUGUCUUCUCCAUAGCAUGGAUGGCAUUCACAUAUGCUGGUUGCGCUUCCGUAAUACCGUUUGUCAUAAGUUUAUUCCUAUUUGUGGUACCUCUCUUCGUAAUGCAAUCAUUUAUGGGCCAAUUUUCGAGUAGUGGCUUCAUAUCGGCCUUUCGAAUAGCACCGCUUUUUAAAGGAAUCGGCUACAUUAGUUUGGCUGUGAAUUUGGGUGCACUCACUUAUUACAGUGUUUUUGCUGCCGUACCGCUAGUCUACUUAUUCCAUUCACUGCGUCCAACACUGCCGUGGAGCUGUGAGGGUUUAAAGAGUUGGUCAUACAAUUUUACCGAAAACGAUAUGCGACAUCUCUGCCAUAUUUUAUCAAAUGAAACACUGCCAAAGAACGAUUUUACGUGGUUUGUCACACAUGAAAUACCAUCGAACUUAUUUUUAAAAUCUCGUUUUAAUCACAUGGAGUUGUUUGAGCCCAAUAGUGAAGGUUUUUUCAUCUCAUGGGAGGUGUUACUUUGUACUUUGCUCACUUGGACCUUGAUUACGGGCUUAUUCUACAAAUACAACAGCCUUGAAAAGUUGAGCAAUGUGCUGCGUUAUGGCAUAUUCAGUACUUUUGUACUGCUGUUAAUUGCUGUGUUACGUUUUGCUUUGGUACCCAAGGAUCCCUUGAAUUCUAUAUAUGAUUUCUUUAUACCGAGUUGGGAUACGUUUCUCAAUGGCUUUCCAACUGUAGGCAUAUUUGUGAUAUCAGCGUAUGGUGUCGGUUGGGGCACCAUCAUUUCUCUGGCUAGUUUCAAUAAAUUCAAGACUAAACUUAUACAAAAUAGCUGGACUAUUUGCGUUGGACAGAUGUUGAUAUUUUUAUCCUUUGCUUAUAUAGUUUACGUAACUGAUAACUACUAUGAUGAAAUUAAGAAUACAUAUAAUAGUGAACAUUCGUCGUCAACGGUGUAUAUAAACAAAUUGUGGAUAUUAUUUCUCUCCACCGGCAGCGUGAUGGCGGAUAUGUCGUGGCCGAACCUCUGGUGUAUUUUGUAUUACGGAAUGCUGCUAUUAACAGCGUUAAUCACGAUAACUGUGAGUUUAAUGUCAACACUUCAAAGCAUUUUUGAUGCGUUCGAAGAAUUUCGCUCGCGUAAAACCGAAGUGACUCUCAUUGUUAUUGGAUUUUUGUGUUUUAGCUCGUUAUAUACUUGCUCAAACAAGGGUGUCUUCUUACAUGUAAUCUUCACCAAUGACACGGUUGUGACGCAAGCCGCACUGAAUCUCCUGAUAUUUUUCGUAGUAUUGUGGGUUUAUGGGCGUGUACGUUUUCAGCGUGAUCUUGAGUUUAUGUUGAGUCAAAGCUUUAGCACAUGGAAGAUUUAUAUGCUGCGAUUUGUGUCCCCCUUAUGCUUGAUAUUGCUAUUGCUCGCAGCACUUUUCAUUUCACUGCUAUACCACCAUGCGGGCACAGUGGUGGUGCAAAUAGCGGCAUUAAUUUUUAUUGUACUGCCGUGGCUCUAUGUACCGGGUUAUAUGGUAUAUAUUAUGUUGCAAACGACUGGUACUUUUAAGACGCGCUUCAAACGAUGUUGUCGUCCCACAGACUGGUAUCCCAUGGAGUUAGAAGACCGACAACGUUACGAGCAGACAAUGCACAACACCGAUAUGACGCACCAAUUGGAUGAAGAGACGGCGACAUAGCGCUGAGUGUGAUUGAAUUUAGCUACAAGUGUGAUCUUUAAUAGAAAAAUGUUUAUAAUUUGCACUGACUAAGAAUUAUUUCAAAAUAAAAAUAAAAAACAAAUAAAAA